CCUCUAUAAAUUCCAAAACCACUUCGCUCCCUCUCCUCCCCUCUCUUUCUCUCUCUCCAAAAAAGUCAGCGCCGCUCCGUCCUCCCUCUGCCGCUCCGACCUCUUCUCUCUUUGUUGCCGCUGCUUUCGUCCCGGAAAAGGCUACAUAGCUCGAGUCCGGAGUUCAGAUCUCGGGCCAAGCGCGAGUCUCGAGGCACAGUUUUUUCUUGGUUUGAGUUGGUUUGUUCUCCGCGGUGGCGAUGGACGACGACAACUGGGAUCUCUACGCGAUAGUGCGGAGUUGCCGGUUUGCGGGUCCGCCGGCGACGACGGACCUCUGCUCUUCCUCCCCUCCGUUCUCGGGCCUCAAGGCGGAGGAGGAGGCAUGGCCGGCAGAGGGAGGAGAUGCCGGCGGCGGCGGCCUCCCCUUGUUUUUCCCGGAUAUGUUGGAGACCCAGAGCGUUCUCCAGGAGCUGGAGGAGCUCUGCAAGCCCUUCUUCCCCAAAGCCCAGCAGCAAUCGCAGCAGAGCGGCCCUUCCUCGCCUCCGUCGUCCGCCGUGGGGGCCCCCCAGCACAGCAGGCAGCCCCACCGCCCCUUAUCCCAGAUUCCCCGCACGAAAAGAAGGAAGAACCCGCAGAAGAGGGUGGUGUGCCAUGUCCCUGCCGACGGUCUCUCCUCCGAUAUGUGGGCCUGGCGGAAGUAUGGCCAGAAACCCAUAAAGGGCUCCCCUUACCCUCGGGGAUACUAUAGGUGUAGCAGCUCCAAAGGCUGCUUAGCCCGGAAGCAGGUGGAGCGCAGCCGGACGGACCCGGCCAUGUUCAUCAUCACCUACACCGCCGAGCACAACCACCCGUUGCCCACCCACCGCAACUCCCUCGCCGGCAGCACCCGCCACAAGCUCUCCCCUCCCGCCGCCUCCUCCACCACCCAGCCUCCCACCACCAGCGGCGGAGCCAGCGAUGGCGAGAACCUCCGUCCCGUCAAUCCAUCCUCAAGUCCACCUUCGUCCUCCACCACCGCGGGCCUCUCCCCCACCACCCCGCUCACGGCCUCUAUGGAGGACGAGCUCCUCCGCCGCGGCAGCCGGCCACGCAAGGGGCCGGACGGCGACGAGGUAGACGACGACGAGGAAGAGGAGGAGGAGGAAGAGGGAAUGCUACUGGUGGAAGACAUGGAAGUGAUGGGCGAAGAUGACUUGCUCUUCAUGGGAUUGGAUGAGUCUUCCGGCGCCCCGGCCACCUCCGCAGCCGCAUCCACGGCGGCGAUGGCGGCCGUCGCCUCCGCCUUCCUCGACGAUGACAGUGCCUUCGGGGAGCAGUUCCUCCCUCCGCCCUGGCUGUCCAACAGCAACAACAACGCGGCGGCCGCCGCCGGCGGGAGCUGACGACAGCCCGCUGCUGCUGCCAUCAGACAGCAUACAGAAAGAUAGAAAGAGACUGGAAGAAAGCAUCUGAUCCGUCCAUUCCUGUCCCUAUUUUUUUUUAAUAAUUAAUUACACUAUAUACGCAAAAAAGAAAAAGUAGAAAAUUAGGCCAAGGUUCUACCGUUCCAUGUUCUCUCUCUUUUGCUCUCCGAGAGCUAGGGCCUAGUGAUGGCAAUGCUUGUAAUUUUGCUGACUUGUUCUUUUUAUAAAUUUGGUUCUAUGUAACAUGUGUUCCCUGA